AUGUCGUCGAUCGCACGCCCCCCGGACCCAUGUCUAGUCGCAAUCAUUCUCAUCGUUCGAUCGCGUACCGGCCCGCGCCUCGUUUUCCAUUACCCUCCGAACCCACUGAGCGAGAAUCGCCUGAAGACCACCACCAAGGGUGGCCGGCGCAUCUCCCGUACGCGCAGCCGACAGGGCUCCAAGAAUACCGACUCGAGCUCUAGUGAUGAGAGUGGGCUUAGCUCUGACGAGGACGAGGAUGACCGAGAAAUUCAUGCGGGUGGGAACGUGAAUGCAAAUACGAACGCGACUCUCAGUGUGAACCUGAACGCCGGGCUCGGUCGACGGGCGAGCAACUUCGGCAUCGAUACGCUUUCACUUACCCCAGAUGCUGCGUCGCCCGGUGGCACGGACACGCAACGACCUGGAUCUUUGGGGUCUGGCAGGGCUUCAUCGCUAAGGAAAAGGGGCGGCGCAUGCUCAGACCCGGAGGAAGAUGCCGGAUCGGAUCGCUAUGAAGAUGGCGCUACGGGAGGUUCGUCGCGGCCGCCUUGGGAGUCGCUUCUGGGCUUGCCCGGCAGCGUGUGGGAGAAGCUACUAAGUCCAUCUCGUUCUUGGCAUAAACGACGUUUCGAAGUCGGGAUCAAUGAUCUCGCACUAAUCGGAUGGCCAGUCUUUGUGCGCGAGGAUGGGACAUGGCGUAAGCAGCGCCGCAAGAAGGCAAAGAAGCCCCGUGCAGAAUGGGAGGGCGGGGAAUUGGGCCAUAAUGAGAAUGCGGAAGAUGGUCAGGGUGAAGAAGACCCGGCCACUUCGCCUGGUCUGGGUGGGAGUGUAGCUACGAUUACCGAGUUGACACUGACGGCUUCACCCACCGAAGUCAAACGGACUUCGGCGGCGAGUGGGAAGUUUGGCAAGCAACCGGAAGAUAGUCUUGACCCCGAGGAUAAGGACCAAAUGACUAUGUUCAAUGUGGUGUUUGUGAUGGAUCCUCCGCUGCUAGAGUAUUCGAUGCGAGUGAAGGAGAUCUACGAGAACGUCAUUAAGAAAUUUGCCAAGGCGCUGAAGUGGGAGCAAGCUCGAACGGACUAUGUGUGGAGAGAGUCGCAGCAUAUCCUGCAGGUUAGGAGAAAAGCGCGAGAGACGAAAACAUCGAUUCAUAACCUCUAUUCAGAGCUCAUUACUCAAUCGUCUUUGGCCAGGGCAAUGUACACGGUCUACACCAGUAUCUCGGCGUCAAAGAUUGCAUCGGUCUCACUCAGUCCCGAUGUCUCCAUCUCGCUUCAGAUUCCUCCACUGACCUCUACACCAUAUCUGGCCGGCCCAACCGACAAAGCAUAUCCUGGCCUCUGGUUAACAACCUCAGACAGUGCAACUCCAGUCGAUGAUCCCGGUACUGAUGAAAACAAUUCUCCUCACCAAGUACUUGCGAAACACUUUGCUCUACUUCUCCUGGAUAGCGAAGCAGCGAUUAUCAAGGAUGUCGAGGCCUCCGGUGGCGCUCUUGCACCCGCUUUAGCCCAUUAUAUCCGUUGUUCCAAACCUACGAAAUCAUUUGCGCAAAUAUCAGCCUCCUCGGGGAUUUCACUGUCAACGAUCCAGAUGUUGGCGAGCCACCUGGUCUACUGGCGUCGUGCCCGGGCCAUUCCUCCUCUCCACCAGCGAGACACCUACAUCGUGUCGCCUAAUUGCGACCUGAGCAAGCUCGAGAUUGCCACAAUCGCCUACCAGACCGCAUUUCCCACAUUGCCCAGUCUUCCGAAAAUGCUUUCUGCGCUGAGUGGUACGCCUCGACCCUAUGGCAGUUUCAUCCCCAGCAAAGACCACAAGGAUACCUACUUUUCCAUCCUGGCAUGGCUCCUUCGCGGUGGCUGGGUCACGCAAUUGCGAACAUUCGCCCGUAUCAAAGUCAAUCCCGAAAUCAAGUUGGCCGUGGAAAUGGCCCUUCGGAAAGAAGAAGUAGACAGAUACCUUGCCAAGGGCAGCGUCAGCGACGGAAUCGACAACGAAGACUCUUCGUCCUCAGAAGACGACGACGCAAACUCCUCCUCAUCCUCCUCCCUCGCAAGCCACGGCAGCGGCGACGAGACACCCAUGCCAGGCACCCGUCUCGACCCGCGCGCCCGACUACGCAUCUCACACAAACUACUGGAUAGAUCUACCGCCCUCCGCUUCUCAUCUCUCAUUCUCUCCCCGCACCGCGCAUCCCCGCUCGAAUCACGUUGGCUCGAUGAGAUCGUCGCCCGCUUCCCGGAUCGAGCGGUAAACAUUCCAGGACUGGAAAGUCCCAGCUCGGAUCUCGCGCCGAACGAGCUCCAAAACAUGCUGAAGAAGUAUUGGCCCGUCUUCCUGAAGUACUUUAAUGGCUUUGAUGCACUGGAGAAGAUUCCUGUGCGUGAGAACUUGAAGCGUAAGCUGGCGUGGCAGGUCCUCAUGCGCAUGGGGUUUGUCACUGGCCCAGGGAACUCGGUUGAGCCGGACCCGCGCGAGCAGGUGCUUGUCGGUGUGCGACAUUGGUAG